AUGAACAAUGGAAACAACACUACCAUCAAUGAUCCAAGUCUUCAGUGUAUGAUGGACAACACAUUAGCAAUAUACAGUAGCAACCAAUUGGUAUUAGCUCAAAACCUGGACCAGCGCCCUACAAAUACAACGAAAGCAUAUCUUGCAAAGCAAGAAGAAUGGAGAUGUCUUAAGAAAGAAUUCGGAGAUAAUGAACUUGUGAAUGAUCAGAAACUAAGCUCUUUCAUGAUAGAUUAUGUCAUGAAUAGAGGACGUAAAUUAAAGAGGGAUGAUAACAACUCCCUGAUUCCAUUAGGCAAAGGAUCAAUAGCAGCCUAUGUCAAGGCAGUAGCCGAUAUAUGUAGCAAGCAGAAAGCUCUUGGAUUGAAUCUCAAUGGUGUAGCAAGAGGACCACUUGUCCGUGCUUUCCUUGAUACCGCAAAUAAGGCAAGCGCACAGACUGUUAGAAAAAACUUCGAAGAUUGUGGAAAGAAUACACUUAACAAUGGAUACAUCAAGCAAGAAUUAGAAAGAAUCAGUCAAUAUUUCAUGGAAAAAAACGAUACCCGCGCAUGUUGA